AUGGCAGAUAAAGCUGCGAUUUACAUCGUCCGACCCGGUCAUUCGAUGCAGCAUGGCAUCCCUGAUUUCCCUCGCGCUGACCCAACUUUGACCAGCCGAGGCAUGGAGGAGAACGCCCAGGUCCCUGCCGGUGUUAACAAGGUCCCUACGCUUCUUCUCGUAUCCCCACUCACCAGAAGCAUUGAGACAGCAUUCUCGAUGUUCCCUCUCGCCCGCGGUUUCAACCAGUCCAAGAUCGAGGUUCAGGUUUGGUCCGACCUCCGAGAAGCAGAUGAUCAGAUCUGCAACCAGACUUCACGACUCAGCCAGCUGAUGACCGAGUAUCCGAACCUGAACUUCAAAAACUGCCGCGAACACUGGGAGUACGAACAGCACACCCACAAUGGUGCUGUUGCUCGAGCAGAGCGCGUCCGAGCCCGCGUUAAGGAGCUCUCCGCCGACUACAACACCAUCUGGAUUAUUACUCACCAGAUUUUCAUCGGCUACCUCGUCGAGGGCACCCCCUUCAGAUCUAGGGACACCCGCAAGUAUGAGUUCGCUGCGGAGGAAGACCAGGCCCCGGGUGUUGUGUUCAACAGAGAGACUGGUCAGGAGCAGGACUACGGUCCCACCAUGCUGGUGGAGAAGAUUGAGCACAUCUAG